CCGGGUCUGGUGCCAGGAUCAGUACUGUGAAAUGUAAGCUGCUGGGCAAAGCUCAUCUACCUGCAUUCUCUAUGGAUGGUGACUAUAUUAUCGGUGGUGUUUUCUCCAUACACUACUCCCUGCACACGGUGAAGCAUAACUACACCUCUACACCUGAGCCACUGAGGUGCACAGGGAGUAUCAACUCUCGUGAAAUGCAAUUCUCUCGAUCAAUGGUCUUUGCUAUCGAUGAGAUCAACAACAGCACAGAUCUCCUGCCAGGCAUCAGGCUCGGUUACCAGAUAUAUGACUCGUGCGCUGCGGUGCCCAUGGCAGUGCAUUUGGCAUUCCAGCUUUCUAAUGGUGUGGACCUGGAGGUUAACACCAGUGAACACUGCUCACAAUCUGGUACAGUGAUAGCCAUCGUGGGUGAGUCCGGUUCCACACCAUCCAUCAGCAUGUCGCGCGUCUUUGGGCCCUUUAAUAUUCCUCAAGUGAGCCACUUUGCUACUUGUGCCUGCUUGUCCAAUAAGCAGCAGUACCCAAGCUUCUUCAGAACAAUUCCCAGUGACCAGUACCAGGCAACAGCACUGGCUAAGAUGGUGAAACACUUUGGCUGGACGUGGAUAGGUGCUGUCCACUCAGAUUCUGACUAUGGCAAUAAUGGCAUGGCAUCUUUCUUGGAAGCAGCGCACAAAGAGGGAAUCUGUGUCGAAUAUUCUGAAUCAUUCUAUCGGACCCACCCACUUAGCAAGAUCCAGAGAGUGGCUGAUGUUAUUCGCAGGUCAACAGCUAUGGUUGUUGUGGCUUUUGCAGCCUCUGGAGACAUGAGGAUCCUGUUUGAGGAGCUGUUACUGAAACCUUUGCCUCCUCGUCAGUGGAUAGGCAGCGAGGCUUGGGUAACUGACCCAGACAUGCUGAGGUUCACUUUCUGUGCCGGCGCCAUUGGAUUUGCAAUUGAGAAAUCUGUCAUUCCUGGUCUGAGAGACUUCCUGAUGGAUCUGCCGCCCAAUAAAGUGGCUGCGUCUCCAGUUCUGACUGAAUUCUGGGAGAAUGAAUUCAACUGCAGGCUGGGAAAAAGUCAAUACAGUGAGUCAAGUGUCAGCAGUGAGAAGAGUCAGUGUGAUGGAACUGAAAACAUUCAGACUCUGCAGAGCCCGUACACUGACACGUCCCAGCUUCGAAUCACUAACAUGGUGUACAAGGCCGUCUAUGCAAUAGCACAUGCCAUUCACAACUCAGUGUGUCAGAAAACACAUUCUACAGCUCAGUGCGACAGACUCACCAAAAUAGGCUCCACACAGGUUCUGACUCAGCUGAAAAAAGUCAGUUUUUCUCAAAAUGGUUAUGAAGUGUCAUUUGAUUCUAAUGGGGAUCCUGUGGCCACAUAUGACCUGGUCAACUGGCAACAGAGUCAGAGUGGCAGUGUUGAGUUGGUGACAGUGGGGCAUUACAAUGCAUCACUGCCAGUUGGCCAGGAAUUCAGCAUCAACAGAAACCUCACCUGGGUGGGGGGUAGCACACAAGUGCCAUCAUCAGUGUGCACUGACAGUUGUCCUCCAGGAACUCGUAAAGUCUUACAGAAAGGGAAACCCAUCUGCUGUUAUGAUUGUGUUCCAUGUCCUGAGGGAGAGAUCAGCAAUUCUACAGAUUCAUCAGACUGCUUCCCUUGCCCGAGGGAGUUCUGGUCUAAUGCAGAAAGAAGCACAUGUUUCCCAAAACCAGUGGAGUUUCUUUCCUUUGACGAGUUCCUUGGAGUCAUCCUGGCUGCAUUCUCAGUUGGUGGUGCCUGUCUGGCCAUUAUUACAGCAGCAGUGUUCUUUCGUCACAGGACUUCGCCGAUUGUCAGGGCUAAUAACUCUGAACUGAGCUUCCUGCUGCUCUUCUCACUGGCUCUGUGUUUCUUAUGUUCAUUAACAUUUAUGGGGACACCCUCUGAGUGGUCCUGUAUGCUGCGUCACACAGCGUUUGGAAUCACCUUUGUCCUGUGCAUCUCUUGUGUUCUUGGGAAAACUAUGGUGGUGCUAAUGGCCUUCAAAGCUACACUUCCUGGUAGUAAUGCCAUGAAGUGGUUUGGUCCUCUACAGCAAAGAAUGACAGUAGUGUCCUUCACAUUUAUUCAAGUUUUAAUAUGUACUAUCUGGUUGGCUGUUAGUCCCCCUUUUCCACUAAAAAACCUGACCACAUACAAAGAGAAGAUUAUCCUGGAGUGUGCUUUAGGUUCAGCUCUUGGGUUCUGGGCAGUUCUUGGGUACAUUGGCCUAUUGGCCGUCUUUUGUUUCGUGUUAGCUGUCCUGGCACGAAAACUGCCUGACAAUUUUAAUGAAGCCAAGCUCAUCACCUUCAGCAUGUUGAUAUUCUGUGCUGUCUGGAUCACAUUUAUCCCAGCUUACGUCAGCUCACCUGGUAAAUUUACGGUGGCUGUGGAGAUAUUUGCCAUCCUGGCCUCCAGUUUUGGACUAAUUCUGUGUAUUUUUGCUCCCAAGUGUUUCAUCAUAUUGUUUCGGCCAGAGAAGAACACCAAGAAACAAUUAAUGAACAAAAACCAAUUCUAAUGCAUCUAAGGGUUAGGAAAUAGUGAUAGAAAAAAGACAAAACUCCCUCAUAGGCUUAAUUAAUAUUAUCAGCUUUUUAAUUUAUUCUAAUUAAUUGUGUCUCAUUUUAGUUCACAAAUUAAAAAAAAGAACAUGUGGUGCUGUAAUUGAAAAAUAAAUUAAAUGAACAACAACCUGUUCACUUUUAAUAAUUGCCACACUGAAGGCUAUGUACAGUCUUUAGGGAACGUUGGACCUGAUGAUGUUAUCUGGUAAUUAGGCUGAAUCCCACGUGAUCUGGUUGGAUGAUGUAACACGCACACACACACACACACACACUGACAAUCUUGGGGGAGUGUGACACAGGCAAUUAAAAUUGAAAAACACUGAGAUAACGAACCAAGUGCCUGAUAAUUAAAUAUUAAAAAUAUAAAUACAAAAAAAAGUUACUAUGAAAUAUUGUGUGAAUU